AUGUCUUCCACAUACGAUUCCAAGACCAUGUCAGACGCGUCAUCUACCUACUCUACCGUCUCCAGUGCUACAACCUUGAAGGGCGACGCACCCAAAAGUCCUAAGUGGUACUCGGCAUUCUCGAAGACACCCAAGACCUCAUCCUCCAAGACCUCGGACUCCGAAGCAAUCAAGAGAAAGGAAAACGAAAACAAGAAGAAACAAUUGCACCAUGAAGCCGUGGCGACCUACCUUGCCUUGCGAUAA